AUGUCAGAACGCGAGCUCCACGACCUAGUCCGCAAACUAAAAUCCGCACCCUCAUACACCGAAGCCAGCAGCCUCCUCUCGAAAACCAAACUCACCCUCCUAAAACUAAAAGCCCUGACACCGCAAUCAGAUACGCCCCAAUCCGUGCUGCUGCUCGCCCGCGAAGCCUUCGAGAACGGUGCUCUGCUCAGUAUUCGAGCGAAAGAUACGGCGGCUUUCACACGCUAUGUACACCAACUGACGCCGUUCUAUGAGUUGCCUGCGGAUGUGCUUCCGGGGAAGGAUUCACAGAGAACGAAGGUGACGGGGUUAUAUCUGCUGUUACUGUUGACACAGGGAGAUUAUGCGGGGUUUCAUACAGAAUUGGAGGGAUUGGAGAUUCGGGGCGAGGGAGAGGCGGAGCGGGAUAGAUAUCUGGGAUACCCGAUUAAGCUGGAGAGGUGGUUAAUGGAGGGGAGUUAUGAUUUGGUUUGGAAGGCUAUGGCUAGUCGGGAGGUACCUAGCGAGGAAUACGGUGUCUUCUCAGAGAUCCUGACAAUCACAAUCCGUAACGAAAUCGCAUCAUGUAGCGAAACCGCCUACCCUUCUCUCCCAAUUUCAUCAACCAAGAACCUCCUCUUCCUUGACAGCGAAGGUGCAGUUGUACAGUUUGCGCAAAGCAGAGGAUGGUUGAUUAGAGAUGGUCGGAUAUAUUUCCCGAACCAAAGCCUGAAGGCUGGGGCCGAAGCAGGAAAUGAGAAGGAACUCAGUCAACUUGCGAUCGAGAACACCCUGGGGUAUGCGAGAGAGCUGGAGACCAUCGUAUGA